AUGAGGUACGGGGUGGGCUACCGCAGCCAUCCUACUGAGUGUGACAAGUACAUCCAGUGUUACUUCCACCCCAACGGCAGCGUCGUCGGCGUCUACAGAAGCUGCUCCUUCGGUUACUCAUGGAAUCAAGCAACGUUUGCAUGUGUGGAAUCCGGGAAGGUCUCGUGUCCUAUGGCAUCCCGGAACUGUGGACCUACUUACAAGAUGGAGGGCAGCUGCAGAUCCUACAGGAAGUAUGUGCAGGGAAAGUUAGAGUCGAGGUGCUGCGCCAUCGGCUUCAGUUUCUCCCCCAUUGCAGGAUGUCGCCCGAACUUCUACUGUGACGAUGUCUGUCCCUCUCCAUACUUCACCAGAGAUGUGUGUGACAAAUAUCCAGACUGGAACAUCCCACAGUUCUACAACAUCUCUGUCGGGGGCUUCGGGUGGAGUAGUGCUUCUUGCCCUCAAAACAGUUCUUUCGACAUCGUGGACUGUGGAUGCCUCAUUAAGAGCACCGAUACCUGUGAAGCAAGAUAUAUGUGGGCGUUUAGUUCAGCAACAACUCCGUCAUGGCUGAUUAUCAGAGACGUCUUCACUAUUGACGACGUCGGCGUCUUCAACAACAUUAGCUACGUGUUCCUAAACGUAACGAUGACGACGUCAAACCGACCCCUGGCACUAAAGUUCCGGUUCCGAGAGAAUGCUGCAAUAAACGACAGCAGAGUGUUGGUCAGUUGUACGGACAAACUUGUCAUCACCAGUACAAAUGACGGGAUAGAAUUCGUCAUCACCAAUAAAUAUGGCGUGAUCUCCAGGCUGUUCAUUUUCACAAGUGGUAUAUCGCGAUCUGACUGGAAGACUGUUACAGCCUUGUACAAAGACAGAAUCCUGACGGCCGUAGUAGAGACAGGCAGCGUAAAAUACAUAUCUCAGGUUUUUGCUAAAGAUGUAAACAUAAUGACGGACGGAGUGUACCUCGGCUCUGAUGCAUCUUCUGAUACAAAGACAGCCUUCAUAGGUGACAUUAGCACGGUUUCCGUCUACGAUUGUGACCCAGGCACCACCUUCUGA